AUGAAGCGGCCGAGGCGCAGUUCCCCGCGAUUUUCCAACGAUUUCGAGCUCCCAAAAUCGCCAAAAUGCAAGAAGCGCAAGAGUAGCCUGGAUCUCUUCGAAUCGUCGCUGGAUGCUAGCGCUUUGAGCGAAGUGCCGGAUCGCAGACGCUCGAUUCAGGUGGCAAAACACCGCAAUUCCUUCGAUCUCUAUGAUGACAGCCCGGGAAGUCGGCCAAUUGCUUCGAGACUGCGCUCGAUGGAAAGUCAACUACCACUGCAAAACGCAGCCCCGGCCCUUUACGAUUCGUUCGACGACAGUUUUGUCAGUCCCAUCAUCGCAAAGAAGGCGUCUCAAGGCAGCCAACUCUACGAUUCCUUCGAUGACAGUAUCGCCAGUUCAAAACCGGCAACACCUUUUAGCAAAACAGUAGAAGAAAAGAAAAUCGAACCAACGCCGAUCCGUCGUCCUCCACGUCGAGAUUCGUACGAUUCUUUCGAUGACAGCAUCUGUGCCUUGAAGCCGACGCCGCCAAGAAGCGAGGCAGUGAUACCAGAAACGCAGAAAAUCGAGCCAACUGCACGCCCACCUCAUAUACGCCGAGAUUCGUACGAUUCGUUCGACGACGGCAUACGCAGUGAAAAACCAUCUACAUCGACAAGAAACGCAGAAGAAAUUAAAAUUGACCGAAUGUCUGUAAGUCAUCGGGAGCGCCGCGAAUCGUCCGAUUCUUUUGAUGACAGCAUCUGCGAAAUCAAACCCUCUACAUCGACUGCAAAAGAAGGAUUAGAAACGAAGCUCGAUUCGACGCCAACGGGCCGAUCCAGCAAACGUGUUUGGUACGAUUCUUUUGAUGACAGCCCUUGCGAUCUAAAGCCUUCUACGUCGGCCACAGCAAAUGAAGUAGAAACGAAGAUUGAGUCGACGUCAGUCGUCCAACCUAUACGCCGUGAUUCCUACGAUUCUUUUGAUGACAGCUUCUGCAACUCGAGGCCAACUACAGAACUAGGCGCAGAAACGAAAAUCGAGCCAACACCUUUUCGUCGUUCGCUACGCCGCCGCGAUUCUUUUGACGAUAGCGUAUAUUGCCCGGCAGCCACACCGUCAUCAGGAAUCGCAGCUCAGGAAAUUAAAAUCGGACCAACACCAGUACGCCGACCCCCACGGCGCGAUUCCUACGAUUCAUUUGAUGAUAGCGUCUGCUAUCCAAGCCCGCAGCCGUUGGCUGUAAAGGCCGAAGAAAAGGAAAACGUCACACCGGUACCACCAAAAAUCGCUGAAUACGCCAACGAUUUCGAUCCAAAACCUUCAACUUCAUCUGCUGCAUUUCGAAAAGAAGCCGCAGAAACUAUCAAGAACUCUCCGCCUUCCGAAGACGCUUCAACAGCUAAAAGGACUCCAAAAAGACGACGCUCCUCCUACUGCGCCGUUUAUGAAUACUUCUCGAAACAGCAACCGGCCUUGGAGCGGAAGAACGAAUUGGCAAAGACACUACCCGAUGCUCGCGUUUUUACGGAGCAAUUGCCCAAUAAUGCGCACCGCUACAUCGCCACGACGGUCGCCCGAUUUUGGCGCAACUAUGAGGCCCAGCUAACGGGAAAGCGCCACUUUUUCGAGCUAAUCGAGGACGGGAUGCCGUGCCGACUGUAUUUUGACUUGGAGUACGACAAGCCGGCGAAUCCGGGCCUCGACGCUUCGACCGUCUACAUGCAUUUUAUCAACACAACCAUCCGACUGAUCCACGAAAUCUUUGACAUGAAAUUGACUCGAAAGAACUUCCUUGCACUGGACUCGACGACUGACAGCAAAUACUCGUGCCAUGUGAUUGUCCAUCUGCCAGGCGAUCAUCUUUUCCCGGGCGGCAGCUCAAUUCGCUUUUUCACCGACCGGCUGGCCAAGGCGCUGAUGGACAGGGCACCGCAGAAGAUUCUGAACCGAACCGGGAAUCAAGUGGUGCUCUUCGACCCGGCCGUCUACUCAAAAAAUCGCCUCUUCCGCCUGCUCGGCUCCUCGAAAGUCGGGAAAGACGCCGUCUUGAAGCGCGCUACGUGCUGUACUUUUUACGGAGACGAAUCCCCUUCGGAAGAGCGGCUUUUCCUUGAUUCACUAUGCGUGCCAGCUGAGCCAGUCGAUGAAUCGAAAGUGAUCGAUGUCGUCGAGAUUUGCCUGUCCAAACCUCGGCGCGCCCCCUAUGCGCAGCGACAAUUGCAAUUUCGGGGCCAGGGCACGCAACCGGCUUACGGUAAAACGCCGUUCCCUGAGCUCGAGCAGUACUUGAAGGACAUCUUCUGGAAGUGGAAGCAGGACGUGCAAUUCCGACAAUGGCUACUGACGCCCGGAGCUGAUGGCACGCCCACAUCGAUCACCUUUCAUCCGUCAAACUGCCGAUACUGCUUCCGCAUCAGCCGCCAGCACAAGAGCAAUGGCGUCUACUGGACGGUCCAUUUUAAAACGAUGUCAAUCUACCAGCGGUGCUUCGACCCGGACUGCGCCGGCUUUGAGAGCAACCACUUUCCGAUACCCCCAUCCUUGCAGGAAAAGCUCCGCCACCAAGUCGCGGCCCUCGGCAGCAGA